CGGAGGGCCUCUAUGACGCCGGGUUCCGUGACAUCACCAACAUUGAUUUCUCCAGGAUCGUUAUCUCCGACAUGCUCCGCCUCCACAUUCGAUCGCGUCCCAGCAUGCGCUGGCGCGUCAUGGAUAUGACCGACCUGCAGUUUGCAGAUGGAUCUUUCGAUGCUGUCGUUGAUAAAGGAGGGCUUGAUGCUCUGAUGGAACCCGAACAUGGUCCAGAGCUCGGGAACCAAUAUCUCUCAGAGGUCUUUGGGACUUCAAUUUGAGCCUUGGAAUUUGAGUAAUGAGUUUCAUGCUUUUCAUGUGAAGAGAGUACUCACUCUGGGAGGGAAAUUUAUUUGCCUCACACUUGCUGAGUCUCAUGUAGUAGAGUUGCUUUUCUCCAAGUUCAGGUUUGGAUGGAAAAUUGAUUUAAAACCAGUAACUCUGGGGGCCUCUAGCAAUCAUGGCUUUCAAACCUUUCUCUUGGUUGCCUUGAGAGAAAAAUCAAGUACACUGGAUUUAAUUGUACCAUCUUUCAAUAGUUCUAUUCUUGAGCAUAAAGGAAAUCAGAUUCGUGGUCUAUUACAAGCAGUAGAUGCUGAGAACAAAAUUAGGAGUGAAAGUUUGCAGGGUGGUGUUGAUAUUGUGUAUUCCCUGGAAGAUCUCAAGUUGGGGGCUGGAGGAGAUCUAGAACAACUUAUUUUUGGUCGUAGGUUGCACCUCAUAUUGGGUGGAAAAAAACUGUCUCGUUUCAGUUACAAGGCUGUAGUUUUGGACUCCAAAGAGGCACCUGAUCCACUAAUGUAUCAAUGUGCAAUCUUUUUAGUUCCAAAGAUCAGGGCUCAUGAAUGGCUUUUUUCUUCUGAAGAAGGACAAUGGGUAGUAGUUGAAAAUGCAAAAGCAGCUCGCUUAAUCAUGGUUUUCUUGGAUUCUGAACAUAGCCUUGUGGGCAUGGAUGAUAUCCAGAAGGAUCUCUCUCCACUGGUCAAGACUCUGGCACCUGGGAAACUUGACAAUGGCACUCAAAUACCUUUUAUGAUGGCCAAUGAUGGUGUCAAGCAACGCAACAUUGUUCAUGAGGUUACAUCCACCAUGACUGGUGAAAUAAUUGUUGAAGAUGUUGUUUAUGAAGAAACUGAAGCUCAUCAUGGUGAUCAUACUGUAUCAAAAGAUUCAAUAUUUCGGCGACUUAUCUUUAAAAGAAGCUUAGGUUUGGUGCAAUCAGAAGUUUUGCUCAUAAGCAAAGAUAUUGCUGAGACAACGCUUAAUCCAGGGAGGAGGAGUAAGAGUUCCGGUCGAAUAAAAAAGAAGUCUUCACAAAAAGGGUCAAGAGCCUCUUUGGAAGUUGAUCAUAGCUACUUGGCAAAUUCCUAUCACAGGGCGAUAAUCAGUGGGUUUCUGUUGAUUGCAUCUAAUAUGGAACACUUGGUGGCAACUGGAGAAAAGAUUAGAACCACUAUCAUUGGCCUUGGAGGCGGUCUUCUUCCAAUGUUUCUUCGCAGAUACAUACCAGUGUUAGACAUUGAGGUCAUUGAGCUGGAUCCUGUCAUCUUUAAUGUAGCUAGAGAUUAUUUUGGUUUUACAGAGGACAACCAGAUGAAGGUGCAAAUUGGUGACGGUGUCCAGUUUGUCAGUGAAAUAGCACAUGCUUGUAGGCCUGAACUUGUUGAUGGUGAGCCUAGAUCACAGACUAGUACUGGAAGAAUGAAAAUUGUCUCCACCAAGGAUGGCAAAGGUGAUGCUGCCAACCGGAACAAAAGCAAGAUAGACAUAUUGAUCAUUGACGCAGAUUCUGCUGAUUUAAGCACAGGAUUGACCUGUCCUCCUGCAAAUUUUGUGGAGGAAUCUUUUCUUGCAACUGUGAAAGAAUCACUUAGUGAUGUUGGACUUUUUAUCAUUAACACGGUCUCACGAUCCCCAAGCGUCCGUGAGAAAAUUGUUCAACGAAUACAAGAGGUUUUUGCUCAUAUAUUCUGUCUCAAGAUUGAGGAAGACGUUAAUGAGGUUCUGUUUGCACUUGGUGCUGAUCAAUGUGUCAAAGAUGGUUUUCCGGAUUCAACUAUACAAUUUCAGAAUCUCUUUACCUUGGGUCAACCAAAGAUAUCAGCUUUCAUAGAGACUGCAAAGAUGAUCAAGCGCUUAAACUAGGUUGCUGCUUUGGUAUACUACUUAGUGUGCCACAACACGCUGCUGAGAGAUUGUGGGGUUGACCUCGUCCCCUUUGCCCAUUCAUGAUCUUAUCUCUUUGUUCCGGUCAAUGCACAUAAGGCUUGCUUACCCAAAUGAGUUUGUGGGAUAGCUCUAGCUCCUCCUCUCCCCCAUCCCCAAACCCUAAACUGUGCCCUUUGCACUCCGGUGGUGGCUUACAAUGCUGGUGGGGAGCACUGAACAGGUGUUGCUAGUGUGGUUUGUAAUCUAUACACCAUGCCAGUUACUAGUUGUAUUUUUGGCAUAAAUACAAUAUGCUAGAACAGGUCAGUUUUGAUUAUUUGGUUCUCGCUGUUAUAACAUGUUGGACUGUAUUUGUUUUUCUUAACCAUAAUAUAUUCCUAGUGGCGCCCCAUCCAGUGCAGCGAGAAAA